AUGGAAAAAAAAAAAAACUUCUCCACAGAGUGGAUGAAAGAGGACCUUAUCCUGCUCUCCAAGAGGAUAAUAAUCACCACCAAAAGAAUCAUCGUACAAUCUUCUCAAAGCCUGCGGCGAGCCUCCUAUGGGAGUCUCGCCACGAAGGAUCACUCCAUCAAUAGUGAGAGAAGGAUUGAUUCGAGAAACGGCGGGCGUUGGCUGGAAUUGAAGCAAACCUGCGUCGGUUUUCCGGUGAAGCUGCGGCUUUUUUUAAAAUUUGGAGAAAUUUCAUGUUUUCUACUCAAAAUCCUCCCUCCUUCAUCUCUAAUCCAUUGCCGACAGCGCACGUCCAUGCCAGUGUCCCUUUCCCUUCCAGCACGCGAACCCGGAUCCUCGGCCUCCACUCACGAUCGAUCCCACGGUCUCUGUUCAAAGCAAACAAGACCAGCAAGAGCCGACCCUUCACCCCAUUCGUGGACCACCAGGGACGAUCGAGGCCAGCAUGAGACGAGGGCCCGCCGUCGAGACCGAACACGCACGCCCUCAGCCCUGUUCGAUUACCCUUUUGAACUCCUUGCGUGUUUUUCCUUGAGAACGAUUUGUGUUUUGGGGAUGAAAUUGUUUCAAUUGAGUAAACCUUUGUAUAAUCUCGAGUUAUUUUAUGGAAAUCCUGUGGGAAAUAACACUUUGGUGUGUCUUGGGGCUGUUCAUGAAGCUCUAAGUGUACCUGAGGCUAUGAAAGAUCUCCCUCCAAGCCGUACAUACGACUUUCAUCGCUCUGUUGUCUUGGGGAGCGUUGAAGCUUGCUUCUUCUCCAGAGUUUUCUUGAAAACGGCUCUUCUGUUCAGAAAGGAAAUGUUCCAAAUGUUCCUGAAAAUUCUUGCUCCCAUUGGACCAUCAAAUAAAUAA